CAUUGUUCUGUCUGCUGAAAGCUGAAGAUGCUGCUGCAGUCAGCGAAGGAUCUGACCUGCACUCUGUGCUGCGGCAUCUUCAGCGAUCCGGUGAAGCUGGAGUGCAGCCACAGCUUCUGCAGCAGCUGCCUGCAGACGGACUGGGCCCAGAAGAGAACCCGGCUGUGUCCACUCUGCAGGGAGGCGUCGCUGCUGAGGGAUCCGCCAGCCGACCUGGAGAUGAAAAACCUGUGUUUCGCCUUCUUUCUGGGCAGAGGUCAGAGAGGUCCGUCCGGGUCGGAGGCCCUCUGCAGUCUGCACUCUGAGCAGCUCAAGCUGUUCUGUCUGGACCACGAGGAGCCGGUUUGUCUCGUCUGUAGAGACUCGAAGGCACACAGUGGCCACAGCUUCAGACCGGUCCAGGAAGCUGUCCAGGACCGCCGAGACGAGCUGCAGAACCAGCUGGAGCCCCUGAAGGAAAAACUGACCCGGUUCAGACAGGUUCAGGGAAAAUGUGAUGGAACUUCACAAUAUAUAAAGAUCCAGGCUGACAGAAUAGAGAGGCAGAUUAAAGAGCAGAUUAAAGAGCUUCACCAGUUCCUGCAGGAGGAAGAGGAGGAGAGAGUCAGAGCUGUGAGGGAGGAAGAGGAGCAGAAGAGGCAAGCGAUGAAGGAGAACAUGGAGGCUCUGAGGAAGAACGUGGAGGAUCUUUCACAAACCGUCACAGCCGCAGAAGAAGAGUUCAGAUGUUCUGAGGAUGUGUUGCUGCUGCAGAACUACAAGGCUGCAAAGGGAAGAGUCCAACAGUGCCCCCUGCUGGACGAGCCGCAGCCUCUCCCAGGAGCGCUGGUGGAUGAGGCCAAACAUCUGGGCAACCUGAGCUACAACAUCUGGACCAAGAUGAAGCGCAUAGUCUCCUUCUCUCCGGUGGUUCUGGACCCAAACACGGCCGAACCGCACCUAAGCGUGUCUGCGGAUCUGACGGCGGUGACGUUUGGGCCGAGACAGGAGCUUCCUGGCAACCCAGAGAGGUUUGAGCAGCGCCACUGUGUCAUCAGCCACCAGGGCUUCAGCUCUGGGACGCACAGCUGGGAUGUGGAGGUCCAGACCGAGGAGUUCUGGGGUGUGGGUGUGCUGUCAGAGUCCGUCCCCAGAAAGGGACAGAUUCAGGCCGGGUUCUGGGGGAUCUGUCUCAGCGAUGGGAGCUACGCGGCGACCUCCUGCGCGGUUCCCAGCACAGCUCUGCCAGUGACGAAGCUCCACAGGGUCCGGGUUCAGCUGGACUGGGAGGAAGGGAAAGUUUCGUUUUUUGACCUUGAUGCCAACAAUCAUCUUCACACCUUCAAACACACUUUCACUGAGAAGCUGUUCGCCUACGUUUGCACCAAGAAUGUGUCUCCACUGAAGAUACUGCCUGCAGCAAGAUACCCUGAUGAACCACUUUAAGCUGAUACAAUCAGGCAGAGAACGCAGGAUGCAUGAUUUGUAAAAAACAGG